AUGGCUUUCCAAGUAAAUUCAGUUGUCCUCAACAGUUUGAUUAUCCUUCUUCUUCUGCCAUUCAUUUGGACCGGUCCGGUGGGUCCAGUGGCUAAACACGGAUGCCUGGACCGGUGUGGGAAUCUAUCGAUUCCAUAUCCAUUUGGAGUCGGGUCGGAUUGCUCCCUCGACCCGUCCUUCAACAUCAGCUGCAUAACAUCCACUUCAACGGAUCCUCCAAAAGCGUACAUCACCAUUCUUGAUAAAGAAGUGAUCGAAAUAAAUGAAACUUACGUUCGGGUCAAGUACCCGAGCUUCGUGGCGACCACUUGCUACGAUGGCUUGCGGGAAUAUGAGAAGCAUGGUGCGCCCCUGAAUCUGUCAGGGACUCAGUACACGCUGUCGUCGGAGAACUGGCUGACUGCCAUCGGCUGCGACGAUAUGGUGCUGGGGACUGAGCAGCCGAACGGGAGUUUAGUGGGGAGCAGCAGCUGCGCCUCGUUUUGCAGCGAGAGUAAUCACACCGGCGGCGAGGGAUACUGCCCGGAUAACGGUUUCUGGUCGGUGCUCGGCAAUGGUUGUUGCCGUGCCCCCAUUAAUGGAGGCAGCAGUUACCUAAAAGCAAAGUUAACCGACCUAAGUGGAGCGUCAGUAGGUGGUAGAGUUUUCCCAUGCAGCUACGCCUUUAUCCAGGAGUCGAGAUCAGGAAGUGGAAAUCACUCUGCAUUUUCGUAUAAAUUGGAGUUUCUCCAGAAUAACUCGAAGGCAUUCUCAGAUGAGUUUAUGGAGACGAAGAUGGCGCCAGUGCCGGUGGUGCGGCUCAAUUGGCGGAUAGGGAAUAAGAAUUGCAGUCAGCAGCUGUCAAACGACACUAGUUAUGCAUGUAGAGGUAGGAGUAUUUGUGUUGAUAAGUAUCAAGUUGAAGGAUACUAUUGCAGCUGCUUUCAAGGAUACAAGGGCAAUCCUUACCUCACUAGAGGAUGCCAAGCAUAUUCCCUACCAGUUGCUAGACCUGGAUGCUUGGAUCAAUGUGGGAAUUUAUCGAUUCCAUUUCCAUUCGGAAUUGGCUCAAAUUGCUACAUGGAUCCAACGUUCGAGAUCAGCUGCAAUGUCUCCACCAAUCCCCCCAAAGCGUAUCUCUCCGCUCUCAACGCUGAAAUCAUAGACCUUAACCUAACCCAAGUUAGGGUUAAUUACCCCAAACUAGGUUUCGCCUGCUACAAUUCGUCAGAGAGCCGAAGCUUGAUCAUUGAUUUGUCAGCAACUCAGUUCAUGCUCUCGAGGCUGAACGUGCUCACCGCCCUUGGCUGCGACGACAUGGCAGUGGCCUAUGGAAAAUCCAAAAACACAACCUUUGUAGGCGGCAGCUGCGCCGCCUCGUGCACCCAGUCCUAUGAUAGUGAGAGUUACGGUUCCUGCGCAAGAUUCUACACGCUUUCUACAGGUUUUGAUUGGUAUGUUCCAGCCACCGGCUGUUGCCAGACCCCCAUUUCUAGAGGUAACCAUCACCUUAAACUUUAA